AUGAUGCGUGAGGCUUUAGAUCAUGUGAGGGUGAUUCAAGAUAGUCUCAGGACAGCCCAGAGUAGACAUCAGAGUUAUGCGGACCGUAAGUGUCGACUGUUGAAAUUUGUUGUUGGUGAUAGAGUAUUCCUCCGUGUGUCUCCCAUGAAGGGUGUAAUGAGAUUUGGGAUGCGGGGCAAACUUAGCCCCAGGUAUAUAGGUCCUUUUGAGAUAUUGAGGACAGUUGGAGAGGUCAGAUAUGAGUUCGCUUUGCCGCCGGCCUUUUCAGCUAUUCACCCAAUUUUUCAUGUUUCGAUGUUGUGCCGGUAUGUUCCAGAUGAGUCCCAUGUGAUUCAGUAUGAUGCAGUUGACUUGGAUGACAGUUUGAGAUACAUUGAGGAGCCAGUUGCUAUUUUGGCCAGAGAUGUCAGACGGUUGCGUUCCAGAGCCAUUCCUUUGAUUAAGGUCCAUUGGAGGCAUCGUCCAGUUGAGGAGGCUACCUGGGAGACCGAGCAUGAGAUGCGGGCGCAAUUCCACGGCUUAUUUGAGCCUUCAGCUUGUUUAUAUGGUCCACUUUUAGCACUUGUACUUUUGUUAGUAGCUCUGUACUUGUGA